AAACUUCCGCAGAGUUAAAAUUAUUUACUGGUACAUGUUUUGGAAUUGGCCUCGAACUAGGCAAAGCUGGGCCAGAAGAAAAUGAUACGUUGGAAGUCGUAGAGCCAACAGACGUUGGAGUAGUUGGUGAGGUUACUGUACCUGAAGCCAAUGGCGUGGUAGA